UUCUUAAAGCUUGACAGACAGCAGCGACAAGCAGCGCGUGGAGCUCCGAGUGUCAGUGGUAAAAGAAAGUUCAAUACCAGUCAGAGUCUCACUUCCCAGAGAGAGAGAAGAGAGAUAGAGAGAAUGGCGAACCCUCAGCCCCCGAAGCCAUGGAAGGUGGAGUAUGCCAAGUCGUCGAGAUCAUCAUGCAAGACCUGUAAAUCCCCCAUUGAGAAAGAGAAGCUUCGCCUCGGCAAGAUGGUCACGGCCACCCAAUUCGACGGCUUCAUGCCUAUGUGGAACCAUGCUGAUUGCAUAAUGAAGAAAGCAAAGCAGAUAAAAUCAACCGAUGAUGUUGAAGGCCUAGAGCUCCUUCGUUGGGAAGAUCAGAAGGAAAUUAGAAAUUAUGUACAAAGUGGUGGACCCCCAGAUACAAUAACAACAGCAACAACAACAAGCAAGGUCAGUAGUGGUAUUGAAGUUUCACCAACUUCUCGUGCUACUUGCAAGAGCUGCAGCCAAAAGAUUUUAAAAGCAGAGGUCCGUAUAUCAACCAAGCCUGAAGGUCAAGGACCUAGGGGCCUGGCAUGGCACCAUGCCAACUGUUUCAUGGAAUUAUCACCAUCCACCGAAGUGGAGAAGUUGUCUGGAUGGGAGACCCUCCCAGUUGCUGAUCAGGCAGCUGUACGUGCCUUGGUUAAGAAGGUUCCUUCUAAUGCAAGAGGUGGCAAGAAAACUGAGGAACAAGAGGAUAAAGAAUUUCUGCAACAGGCAACUUCUAACACUAGCACAAAACGAAGAAAAGAUAGUGGUGGUGAUCAGAAGUCAAAAGUUGCUAGGUCGGAAGGAGAUGUGUCAACGAGCGGGGAUGUGUCCGUGAGGGAUGCUACUGAUCUGGAGAGUAAACUGGAGGCCCAAUCUAAAGAGCUGUGGGCACUGAAAGAUGAUCUUAAAAAGCAUGUGACGACUGCUGAGUUGCGUGAAAUGCUUGAAGCGAAUGUUCAAGAUUCAACAGGUUCAGAGCUUGAUUUGCGUGAGCGCUGCGCUGAUGGAAUGAUGUUUGGAGCACUUAGUAGAUGCCCAAUCUGUUCUGGUUUUCUUCGUUAUUCUGGGGGCAUGUACCGGUGCCAUGGCUACAUAUCAGAGUGGAGUAAGUGUUCUUACUCUACUGAGGAACCUGAACGCCUUAAAUGGAAGUGGAAAGUCCCAGAAGAUACUGACAAUCUAUAUCUUAAUAAGUGGUUUAAAUCACAAAGGGUUGAGAAACCAAUGCGGAUACUGCCUCCAUCAACACCUAAUAAACCUUCUGGAAGUCAAGCUUUCAAUGGCCAAUCUCAGUCAUCUAACAGUGCAAGCUUGGCAGAUUUGAAAGUUGCUUUUCGUGGAUUACCAAAAGAAUCCGUGGAAGAAUGGAGUCGAAAAAUUGAGGGUGUAGCUGGACUGGUUCAUUCGAAGAUCAAGAAAGAUACUAAUUGCUUAGUUGUGAGUGGAGCUCUUGAUGAUAAAGAUGCUGAGAUGAGAAAAGCAAGGAGAAUGAAAUUACCAAUUGUCAGGGAGGAUUAUCUGGUUGAUUGCUUUAAAAAACAGAAGAAGCUUCCAUUUGAUCUGUACAAAGUUGAAGAAGUUGGUCAAACCUCUAGCAUGGUCACUGUCAAAGUGAAAGGCCGAAGUGCUGUUCAUGAAUCUUCUGGUCUGCAAGAUACAUGUCAUAUACUUGAGGAUGGGAAAAGCAUCUACAAUACGACCUUAAGCAUGUCUGAUUUAUCAACUGGUGUUAACAGUUACUACAUUCUCCAAAUUAUACAAGAUGAUAAGAGUUCAGACUGCUAUGUGUUUCGUAAAUGGGGACGAGUGGGGAAUGAUAAAAUUGGAGGUAACAAACUGGAAGAGAUGUCGAAAUCAGAUGCGAUCUGUGAAUUUAAACGUUUGUUCCUUGAGAAGACUGGGAAUUCGUGGGAAGCAUGGGAGCAAAAACAAAAUUUUCAGAAGCAACCUGGCAGAUUCUUUCCAUUGGAUAUUGAUUAUGGGGUUAACAAACAGGUUUCCAAGAAAAAUCAGAACAAUGCAGCCAGCAAACUAGCUCCUCCUUUAGCAGAAUUGAUGAAGAUGCUUUUCAAUGUUGAAACAUACAGAGCUGCCAUGAUGGAAUUUGAGAUAAAUAUGUCAGAAAUGCCACUUGGGAAAUUGAGUAAAAGAAAUAUCCAAAAGGGGUUUGAAGCAUUAACGGAAAUACAGAAUCUGUUGAAUAGUAAUGGCCAUGCUCCUUCCAUGAAAGAGAGCUUGAUUGUAGAUGCAAGCAAUCGAUUUUUCACUGUGAUACCUUCCAUACAUCCACGUGUUAUUAGAGAUGAGGAUGAUUUUAAGUCAAAGGUGAAAAUGCUAGAAGCUCUCCAGGACAUUGAAAUUGCUUCCAGAUUAGUUGGUUUUGAUGCUGAUACCGAUGACUCCCUUGAUGAGAAGUAUAGGAAGCUCCGGUGUGAUAUUGAUCCAAUUCCUCAUGAUAGUGAAGAUUUUCAGUUGAUUAAAAAAUAUCUUCUUACUACUCAUGCCCCUACACAUACGGAUUGGAGCCUUGAGCUUGAAGAAGUUUUUGCUCUUGAAAGGGAAGGGGAAUUUGAUAAAUUUGCUCCCUAUCGGAAAAAGCUUAACAACAGAAUGCUUCUUUGGCAUGGUUCUCGGUUUACAAAUUUUGUGGGCAUACUUAGCCAAGGACUGAGAAUAGCUCCUCCUGAAGCCCCUGCUACUGGUUAUAUGUUUGGGAAGGGGAUUUACUUUGCUGACCUUGUCAGUAAGAGUGCUCAGUAUUGCUAUACAGACAAGAAGAAUCCUGUGGGCCUCAUGCUUCUAAGUGAAGUUGCCUUGGGGGAGGUCCAUGAGCUCAAGAAGGCUACGUAUAUGGACAAACCUCCUAAAGGAAAGCACUCUACAAAGGGGCUUGGCAAGAAAAUACCUCAGGAGUCGGAGUAUGUAAAAUGGAAGGACGAUGUCAUCGUGCCUUGUGGAAAACCAGUGCCAUCAAAUAUCAAGGCCUCUGAGCUAAUGUAUAACGAGUACAUUGUUUAUGAUAAAGCUCAAGUUAAGAUGCAAUUCCUGUUGAAGGUGAGGUUUCAUCACAAGAGGUGAGGGAGACAUUGGUGUCCAGUAUUUUGGCCAUGGUGUACAGUGUGGUGGUGUGCUCAGAAACUCGCACGAUGUUUCUCUGUUCUAGGGUUUUGAAUGUUCAUAUCAAUAAAGAUCUGUUUUGGGGAUUGUGUGAGAUCUUUUAACUUUUGCUUCUGGCAUUGUAGAGAAUGUUUUUCAAGUAAUGGAAUCAAACCCUUUGGGCAUUUUGCUCGC